CCAAAUGUAGCUAAUCGCACAUUUGAUAUGGAAGAGGGAGGUGAUGAAUAGUAGAUAUCGCUUUGUUUCUGGCGUAAUCACUAAUAUGAGAUUGACGUAGGAUGUCGUUUCUUCUAACCAUCACAGUCCUCAGCUGGCUAUCAAGGUUCUCAAAAAGCCUGGUAUAAAGCAUGAGCGUCCACCCAUUCCAAGGCUACUGCAUCCGCAUUGUAGUCUGGCCCUUCAUCCAUAUGCCCAGACAUGGUGGCUUUCUUUCCUCAGCCCCGUGCUGGCUAGUUGACCCCGGACUUCCCCCGCAUCCGUACUUCGUCCUGACAACCCGUGGAACUUGGUCGUAUCCACAACAUUACGUUUGGAAUUGCUGCAGGGGUUUGAAAGCUCGGCUUCUGGACAUACUCCUGGAAGCUCUCCCGCGGUUAGACCGUACAGACUUUGAACGUUUGUGUAAGAGGCCACUCAUAGCAACCACAAACUACACAGCUUGGGCCAAGUACGUUAUCUCGAGAAGUCUUUUCCACUGUACUGUGAAGGAAGACAAUGGUGGGAACAUCGAAGUGCGGACAUGUUCCACUACCCCGCGAUUGUCAACGUACCCUACAGGCCUCUGCAUUGCAGCGCGGAAAGUUCCAGGUAACGCGUCGUGUACUGGAAGACUAUGAUUGGGCAAUUGUGUUACUCCUUGGGGAUACGAGGGUACGUGGCUUGAGGCUGCAGGCCUUGCGCAGCAUGUCUAGCAUGUUGAUCAAAGUACGCAGGCCUUGCGCUCGUCCGAUCCAACUGACUGGUGUAGA